GAAAAUGAAUUGUAAAAUUUUUACAUUUUUUUUAAUUCCUUUAUGCUAAUGAACUAUCUUCAUUUGGCAUAAACACCUCUAUCAAAAUCUGCCCACAAGUUUUCUAUUAUAUCCAGAGAACGUGUUGGCCAUUCCAAAGGUGGUUACUUAACAUUGAAACUGCAUGUUUUCUAUAAACUUCCUCUAUAUUAUACGAUGAAUUUAAUAAUAGCCAAUAAACAAUAGUCAAUAACAGAAUUUCAGAAGGUAUUUUAAUUAAAUUUUACAGAGAAUUUAUAUUUCACAUUUACUCGUACGCCACCUUUUCCAAGACGUACCUAUUUUCGGUCAAAAGAGCUAUAUCCACGGUGAAUUAUCCGUGGAAGACCAUUUACUGUGUCAGAAAGUAUGAAGCAGGAAACGUGCAUUACCCCAUGUAUUACGUUUUCCUUCUCGAUCGUAAAUAGAGUCUUCUUCUCCAUAAAAUUCACUUCCUUAUCUGCUUCCCCUUGCACACAGCACGCAAUAAAGUUUCAGGAACUAUAAUCCACCAUCUCACUAAUAAUGAAGCGAUCAGCAAGUAGAAAGGGUAGGAAAGAAUCAAUUGCGUUCACGCAACAGUUUUAUGGGCGUACAGGAGAGAAGACGGACAUGCGCAAACUGGCUGAAAACAGUUCACUGAGAGUCAGUCAGUUAUGUGCAUCGUCGCGAUUUAGUCAUUACCAUGCUGGGUCGUUCAAAGCCAAAAUCGAGCUCUCUCGAGCCUGUGGCCGAUUUCAACUAUAGCAUUCAAGUGAAUCGCUUGUUCAUGAAGUCGAUCGGCGCGUGGCCGUUUUCACUCUGCGAAACUACAAUGGAAAAGAUCGGUCAGAUAGUUCUGGCAAUGACCAGUUGUUUCUUGUUAUUGUUCAUGUUUAUCCCAUGCACUCUUUGUAUUAUCCUAGCAAAAAUCGAUCUCAAAGCCAAGAUCGCUAUGGUCGGUCCAGACAGUUUUAUCUUGAUGGGCGUGUGCAAGCAGUUCGCCCUACUUACCAAGAGCAAGAGCAUCAGCGAAUGCAUUCGGGAUAUUCGCGCAGACUGGGACUAUAUCGCGAUGGAUAGCAAAAAAAACCGAGAAAUAAUGUCGACCACUGCCAAGUUCGGCAGGUGGCUCUCUACAGUCAGCGCGAUUUUCAUGUUCAGCGCUGGCCUUUUCUUCACCACGAUUACGCCAAUCUUCGCGGGAAAAACCGAGAUCAUCGACAAUGAGACGGUGAGAUCGCUCGCCGUCCCGGUCUACCGCGAAAUCUUAGAUCCACGUUCUACGCCGUAUUUCGAAAUUGUGCUGUUGACGGAAGCCGUUGGUUGUAACGCGAUUUAUUCGUUUACUGUCAGCGUAUAUAGUAUGGCAGCGAUAUUUGUCAUGCACACUUGCGGUCAAUUCCAAAUACUCAUGCUGAAGAUGGACGAUCUUGCAGAUGGAAAAGAAAGCAAGCUCGCGAAUAAUACGUAUCAAGGAAGACUCGGUGAAAUUGUGAAACUUCAUGUCAGAAUACUGAGUUUUAUUGCUCGUAUCGAGGAACUUUUAAACGGGAUUUGCCUCGUGGAUGUAAUCGGAUGUACACUCAACGUAUGUUUUUUAGGAUUCUAUUUGAUUACGGAAUGGGAAAAUAGUGAAGCAAUAGGAACGAUAAUGUAUGGUUUGUUGAUGACAUCCUUCACGUUCAAUAUAUUUAUCCUUUGUUAUAUUGGCGAUCUCCUUGCCGAUCAGUGCGUAGAAAUCGGCACGAAGGCUUACAUGAUAGAGUGGUAUCGCAUUCACCCAAAUAAGGGUGCGCUCGGUUUGAUGUUGAUGAUGACAAAAUCCAAUUCUACGCUCAAACUCACAGCUGGAAAAUUUUUUAGUCUAUCAUUGGACACCUUUGGCGCUGUCAUGAGAACAUCAAUGGCUUAUCUGAAUUUACUUCGUACUUUCUUUUGAACUUUAAUACAGUAAUAUCAUCAUUAUGGGAUCUAUUAUAGUAACAUUAUCGCUAUAACAUAUAUUUACGAAGAAUUAAAUAUAGGCUAAUGAUUCUUGUUAUAUAAAUUAUUAUUCACGUAAAUGUAAACUUGAAAUAAAAGCAAAUUUAUUAUAUAUUUAUGACAAGA